GGAUAUGCACUGCCUCGAACAUGUCGAAAAACUUGGAUCUUUGAUUUUUCUUUAAAUUGCCUCUACUUGGAUGACUUGUUUUUCGUUCUACUACAGCAAUUUAGCAUUUUUCAACCUAAAAUUGUGGAUUUCCUUCUCAAAGUUAAGAAAGAGAUCCGACUGAUUGAAUGAACUUCCUCUUUCUCCUAUUUCCAUUCUGUCUUUCUAUCAAAAAAUAUAUAUCUUUUUUGAGGUCAGUAGGUGUUUUUUUGGCUUGGUAAAAAUAAUAAUAUGUCUGUAUUAUAAUAUCUCUUAAAAUCAUCACCAAGCUGUUGGUUUGCUUAGAUAUUAUCAUCAUCUUAGUUACCAGAAGUGAUAUAUACAACAGCUGUUUGAUUUUAGCAAACAAACUUUCCAAAUUACCAGGAAUAAUUUGAUUGUACAUGUAUAUAGUGAUGUCAGUUUGAUGAAUUGUGGAUACUUCCCAAAAGAAUCUAAAUGGAUUGAAAUGAGUUCUGGGCUUCCUCAUACCUUUGUUUGAUGUAGUUGUUAAAUAUUACUAUAAUAACUUAGCAGAGAAGAUAAUAGUAUUGUGAAAUCACCACAUGAUGAGAUCUGAUUUCAUUUCCCUUGUGAGCUCAGAAUAUAAAUAAAUGCAUUGGAGUUUUUCUGAAUAUUUGUGUUAUGCUUCUAGGACAGCUUCAAUCCCUUGUAGUUGUAAGCUAUGGUUAACUUCUAGAAGCUAUGUGAGCUUGGUAAAAAAAUCAAAUGAACUUAUUCUACUACCAAUAUGUUCAUGGUUUCUCUCCCUAGAAGGGAACAAGUUUUUCUCAAGGGUUGUUUUAUGGACUUGCAAGGCAUUACUUUGAGCUCUCCCAACAUAUAAAGGAUUUUUAUAUAAUAAUUAUCUUUUCAUAAUAUUAAAGUAGCACAUGUACCCCUUCAAACCAUGAUAGUGUAACUCUUGUUAGCAUUCAUUCGGUAAACUCAGGUUAACUAACCAUGAUAGUGUUAAAAAAAUAAAAAUAAAAACAGCUGAGUUUGAUUGAGUCGAAGCAAUUGGUCUGUGGCAAAUGUUGACCUGCUCCCUCCUGUAUUAGUGCCAAAGGUGCUCUUCCUGUGCCCUCUGUGACCCUUUUAAUUUGUUUUUUACCUCAUCAGUCUUUUGGAUAAACAUGGAAGAGGAUGCUGACUCAGAAAUCUAAUAUUUAACUGGAAUAGGUCCUCCGGAUGAUGUCUCCUCCAUAGGAAAUGGAAUAGGGUCGUCAGGCCCCGGGAUCUUUCAUUGUCCUUUCCUUGUCUCCCAACCGUGUUCGGCUUUUGGCUGCUCCGAUCAUGCUUUUAUAUCCCUUCCCUGUGUUUUCUGUAGCUUUCAUCGCCCAGUCUUCUUUACUUGUAUAAGUGGAGUGGUUGUGCCAUACUAGUUGCAAGUGGAAAGAGUGGAGCAUCCCAUUUGGUAUAUGACAGACGGGAGUGUUUUUGACAGCAUGUCAAUAAUGCCUCCACUCCUUUCUUUAAAGUAGAUGCUGGCCGUCUCCUGAUAAGACAGUGAUGGAGGUGGAAGGGACGGUGGAGUCGGAUUCAGAUAAGAAGCCAGCGAAGAAGUGCAGCUCCGACGCCGCGGCGACGGCCUCGAACAACGGCUGCUUCGACUGCAACAUAUGCCUGGACUUCGCCGCGGACCCGGUGGUCACCCUCUGCGGCCACCUCUACUGCUGGCCGUGCAUAUACAAGUGGCUGCAGCAGGGAAACGGCGGGGGCGGCGAGUCCUCGCAGCAGUGCCCGGUGUGCAAGGCUGCGUUGUUCCAGCGGAGCCUGGUGCCGCUCUACGGCCGCGGCCAUAGCACCAAAUCGGCCCAGCAAAGCCUCGACAUACCGCGCCGACCCUCGUUCCCGCGGGAGGCGAUCGAGCAGCGAUUGCUGCAGCUGAACGAAGAGCAGGAUCCGGUGAUGCAGCAGCGGCGUCGCCACGUAGUCGAAUCUAGCGGCGAUCACGCGCCGCCGUUCUCGCCGCUGGCGGCGGCAAGGGUGACAAAUUCGGCUGCCGGUGAGGUGUUGGGGGGGAUGGCAGUGGCGGUGCUGCCGUGGAUGUUUCGGGACCAGGAGUGGGCAAGCGUCUACCACCCGAGCCCGUACCACGUCGUCGGCAACGGGGUGAGGAGGCAGGAGGUGGAGCUUGCGCGGUCACUGCAUCAGAUAUGGGUCUUCCUCUUCUGCUGCGCCAUUCUGUGUCUCCUCUUGUUCUGAGACUCCAAUGCGUCUUCGGAGCAUGACGAGGCACCUGUCACGGGAAAGCAAAAGGGUCAAGAUGCUUGACCAAAAUCAAAAAGGUAAGGAGGAUUCAGAAGCUGAUGCUUCUCAAGUAUCAGAAUCAUGUUGCAGAAAUCCCCGAAAGCACUCACCGAUCGGUGAAUCAACUGUAUGAAUCAUUUGAACCUUUGGGCAAAUUUCAGUUCAAAACGAGAUUCUGUCAAGAGAGAGAGAGAGAGAGAGAGAGAGAGAGAGAGAGAUA